AUGUUCAAGAACAUUCUGUCAGUUGCCGCUCUGGUCUCCUCUGUCCUGGCGGCGCCAACCCCCACGACAGGCGGCAACCACCCCACCCGCGCCGACACGCCCCUCACAGGCGUCACCCACACCGUCGUCGCCGGCCAGGGCGGUCUCAACUUCGAGCCCGCCAACGUCGUCGCCCAAGUCGGCGAUAUCAUCCAGUGGGAUUUUCUGCCGGCCAACCACUCCGUCGUCCAGUCCAACUUUGCCGACCCCUGCCAGCCCCUGGCCGACGGCUCCGGCUUCUUCCCGGGCUUCGAGUUCGCAACGCAAGAGGGCAAGAACGACAAUGUCUUUCAGAUUGUCAUCGAGGACGACAGCACCAUUUGGUACUACUGCCCCCAGCUCAAGGGGGAGCAUUGCAAGAAGGGCAUGGUGGGCGUGAUCAACCAGGACUUUGAUAGCAAUGAGCGCACGUUGGCCAAGCACAAGGAGCUCGCAGCUGGAGUGGAGGAAAUUGUUGUGCCAUCGGGGACACAGGGUGGUGAGAUUCUCAAUGCAUCGAUUGCCAUGGAUGUACCCAGGGUCUCGGAAGGGGGCGACAUGAGUGCUCCAAUGAGCGAGCAGGAAAAGAAGAAGCUUCGCAAUCGCCUUUCCCAGCGAGCCUUUCGCCGAAGACAGGCAGAAUGCGUGCGGGAACUCCAGAGCCGGGUCCAGGCCGACCAGCGGCCGGAGAGUGAGCGCGUGGAGGCUCUGCAGAAGGAGAACCGAAUGCUCCGGCAGCAGCUCGUGGACCUCCAGAGCAACAUGUCGCGCAUGAUGGCGACCAUGCAGUCGCUCAACGACUCUGUGACGAAGACGUUGGAUAGUACUGCGCACGGAGAUGAAGCUCUUGUCCGGCGGGAUACGAAUUGCCAGACAGACAUGGUUCCUAUUGAGCGGAUCAAUCAUAGGCCGGCGUCUGACCAGCCGCCCUCGGACUUAAAUUCAUUCGACCUCACCGCCACGGAGCUCGAGUCUCUCCCAGGACAGACAGGAUGCCUCGAACCCGCAGCAGAGACCAGUGGCACUUGGUUCGACCUCGUUAACCCAGGUGGUACCAGUCCUCUCUACUCCCAGAUACCCAACAUCUGGAGCCACGAGUACCAAAUGGGUAUGCAGCCGUAUUUGGCGGCAGUAAACGCAACCGAGGAGUCGAGAAUGAUGCUUGGCAAACACUACCCCUGCACCAAUUCACCGUUCUCUGACCACAUUCAGCUUCUACAGCACAUGCUGAAGAACAAAUUGGAUGCGUCAGGAUCUAUACAGAGUGUGUACCAGCCAGUGCUUAUGGUCUUGUCCAUGUUCAAUAGCAUGACCCGACCGGAUGUCAUGGCUUGGUACGCUAAGACGCGCUUCUUCCACAUUAUUGAACUCACCGCGUGGCAGCUAUACCCUUCCUCGUCCACCUUUGAGAAGCUACAUCCAAGGUAUCGCCCUAUAAAAGCCCAGAUGGAGAAUGCGCACCCGCUCAUCAUUGAUUGGAUACCGUUCCCUUCGGUCCGAGAUCGUCUCAUACAGCUUCACUCGGCCAACCCACAUGUUGACCAGAUAUUCUGCGAUGCCGUGACAGGCUACGUUGUAGAGACGCUCAUGUCCGAUCUUGUCCUGGGGGCGGAGCCAGUGCAAGUGUACGUUCGAGUGACCGAUCUCAUCAACACCAUGGCCAGCGUCACGGCCGAGAACGAUGAGACGGUGGCUGUCCUCCCCGCUCCGGAUGUCGCCUCGUUGUUCUCGUCCCCGGCGUAUGCUCGUGCAGCCUUCAACAAGCUCAACAUGGACAAGGGCGCGGGGUACUACAAGAUCGACCCGGCAUUCUUUGGAAAGUACCCCGAGCUCUACGACCAGGCCAGCGAGCUCACGGCAGCGGGGACGCCGCUGAAGCCCACGUUCCAGAAGAUCCUGACAUACCCCAAGCCGCUCAGCCACUCUACGGUCGAGACAUACCGCAGUUUCAUCGACUUUUCCCUUGAUGCCAUCAACAUGAUUAUCCAGUCCCCUGGAUCGGGAUCCGAACUACGGUCAAGAUGA